AUGGAUAGUGUGUGGCUGCCAGUUAUCAAGCUGAUUGCAGAACCGGGUCCUAUCCUUCAGCUGGUCUCUGCUGAAAGCAUUAUGACCAACGAGAAUGGGUGGGUUGCAGUUGAGCUAAAGACCCGAAAUACUCGAACAAAAUUGGGCGACCAGCUUUACAGUCAGCAUUAUUGCUGGCACUGCAAAUUCAACUCUUUUAACAAGAUUGUUCGAGUGAGAGCUUUCAUUGAUUCAAGCACGGCAGAGACUGUGCUUUCAGAUGAAAGAGCCAGACAAGAGGCACUGGCUCUUACGCCAAACGAUGGCAAGAAAAUUAUUCACGAAAUGUCGAAAUAA